GUUAAAGCCUGAGCAGCUGGCUGGCUGCUCGCACCGCCUCACGACCGCUCUGCCGGCUGGUAAGAGCGAGGUAAAGGGUGUUCAUUUAAAGACUGAGCCUCGCCGUGUCCUCAACUACUCAGACAGGCGGAAACCUGGAGUUGGAGAAAGCAUUUGAGGCCACCGCGCGCAUUAACAUGCAAGCUCUGGUUUGAUGCGUCUCGGCCGGGCGCGCGACAGAAGGAGGACACGAGGACGUUUUCUGCUUUUGGCGCGUGGAAGAAGACCACCGGACCUGGAGCUGGCGCAAGCUCCCUAUAGCGCGCGUGAUCCGGAGACACCUGUGGAAAAAGAGGACUUUCACCAUAGAGACGAGAUGCAAGUGGAUGGAAUCCCCCCCAUUUGUGCACCCCCAGCUCAGGUCCACCCCUACCCAUCCCAUCCCCGGAUGUCGGUGCGGAUGUCGGUGUACAGCACCGGGGUCCGUCCCGUCCUCACCCGCACGUACAUCCAAGGACGCGUGUACAACUUUCUGGAGAGGCCGACUGGCUGGAGAUGCUUCGUGUAUCACUUCACAGUGUUUCUUAUAGUUCUGGCUUGUCUGAUCCUAAGCGUCCUCUCAACCAUCGACCAGUUCCAGGCUCUGGCUCACACAACUCUCUUUUGGGUGGAAAUCGUCCUUGUGGUGUUCUUUGGCGUGGAGUAUUUCAUCCGCCUCUGGUCUGCAGGCUGCCGCAGUAAAUAUGUUGGCAUCUGGGGCCGACUGCGCUUCGCCAGGAAGCCUAUAUCCAUUAUAGACUUAAUUGUAGUUGUUGCCUCAAUAAUUGUGCUCUCGGUGGGCUCCAAAGGUCAGGUCUUUGCAACCUCUGCUGUGAGGGGGAUCCGCUUCCUGCAGAUUUUGCGCAUGCUCCACGUCGACAGGCAGGGCGGAACCUGGCGUCUCCUGGGUUCUGUUGUCUUCAUUCAUCGGCAGGAGCUGAUCACAACUCUGUACAUUGGAUUUCUGAGCCUGAUCUUCUCCUCAUACUUCGUCUACCUGGCAGAGAAGGAUGCCGUGGACAGCAGUGGCGCCACUGAGUUUGGGAACUAUGCUGAUGCUCUGUGGUGGGGAGUGGUGACAGUGACCACGAUUGGCUAUGGAGACAAAGUGCCACAAACCUGGAUUGGAAAAACCAUCGCGUCCUGUUUCUCAGUGUUUGCCAUCUCCUUCUUUGCCCUCCCCGCAGGAAUCUUAGGUUCAGGGUUUGCCCUGAAGGUGCAGCAGAAGCAAAGACAGAAACACUUCAACAGACAAAUCCCUGCAGCUGCUUGCCUCAUUCAGACAGCGUGGAGGUGCUUUGCAGUGGAGAACUUUGAUUCUGCUACCUUCAAGAUGUUUUUACGAAAAAGAGCCCAUGUCCCAGUCUCCACUCCAUCCAGCCCCAAGUCCAAAAAAUCGGUGAAGACAAAGAGGAAGUUGAAGAGCAUUGACAAGGACAAUGGACCAGCUUCUCCCACAAUGCCAGGCGUCACCCAUGACCCUGUGUUUGACAGCGGGAGGGAGCUGAGUUCAGAUGUUUACAGCAGUGUUGGCACAGAUUGCCAGCAGUCGUGGACAUCUCUGUCUUCCUUUCAGUUAAGCUCAUCACCUGCAGUUAAGAGAAACGCCGGCAUCUUGGAUGUCCACUCCAUGACCCCCAUCCGGAGAAACUGCAGCUUUGCAGACGACCUGGAGCUGGAGUCUGAACGAGACACUGAACUGUCUCCUGCCAGCUCAAUAUCACAUUUAACAGAGUCUCACCGAAAAGCCAUCCGAGUGGUCCAGAGAAUGCGUUAUUUUGUGGCCAAGAGAAAAUUCCAGCAAGCCCGAAAGCCAUAUGAUGUGCGGGACGUGAUCGAACAAUACUCUCAAGGUCACGUCAACCUCAUGGUGAGGAUCAAGGAGCUUCAGAGAAGGCUGGACCAGUCUUUAGGGAAGAUGACUCUGUUUCAGACAGGAACAGACAGAGCGAGAGACAAAGGCAACAAUUCUAUUGGAUCCAGACUCAACAGGAUGGAGGACAAGAUCUCUCACAUGGACCAGACUUUGACCCUCAUCAUGGAGUCCCUCACCUUCCUGCUUGACCAGAGGGAAUCAGGCGGCGGGGAAAGUAGGGGCAGGUCGAGGCCCCGCCUUAAACGGACGGGUAACGUUCUACCCAAUCAGGAAAGCCUACCAACCUACGAGCAGCUGUCUUCCUCCCCAUCGCCGCUUUCAAACACAACCGGCCCAGCGAUGGACCCUCCCUGCUGCUUGACUGCCAGUCAGGAUGAGAGCUGCUGAGACUUGAAUACAAGCACUUUCUCUUGUAUCUGUUUGAUAUCAUGGAAUGUGUCUAUUUAUCCACCUUCUUUAAUACCGAGCUGCCAAAGCUUUGCUGAAUGUAGAGUACGCUGAUCAGAGCAUUUGGGUCAGCAAGGCUACGAGCAGCAAAACAUGCUGUGGAAUUUGUUUUCAUUAUGGGUUUUUAUUGUAUAUUGAGUUUUAUACUCAAAAAUAUUUCAAGAAAAUGCCAAACACACUGCACUGUGCUGCUGUUUUUCUAUGCAAAAGUUUUGACAACUCCGGUGCAAAACUUUGAGUUGGGGUCAUUCACGUUUUCCACAGGCAGAAUGCUGAACAUGAUUAUAACUAGAGUAACUAGAUUACUUUUUUUUUUCCUUUCAUGGUUUCAAAAUAACAUGAAACCAAAAGCAUAGGGAUUACACAUUCAAUAAUCACCAACACCCUCUUUUGACAAGAAUCCCAACUUGUGAAAAUUCGUUUGACAAAAACUUGUCAGUUUUCUGUGAGGUUUUACAGCAAACUUUCUCUUUGAUGAGGUUUUGCUUUUUGUAAAACCAAUUUCCAAUCAUUUUUGCACCUUUCCCCAAGGACUUUUUAGAGGUUUUUUUUAAGGUGUUUUAUUGAGCUUUCAAUGAUAACCUUCAUCUCAGACCUCUAUCCGCCAAAGAUUAUUCUCUCUACAAAGAAAAGGAUUUCUUCAUCACAGCUAAUGAAAGCAAUUUUUGCCUCCUCUUGAAACUUUCCAACCAAAUAAAUAUGACAAAAUGUUAUUUUGAUGAACUUUUAUGUUAAUCAUUUUUACACUACUCAGCAUUAACAGCAAACCCUCUUGUCAGUCUUGCAUCGUUAACCCUACAUAAACAUUUGUACCAUAUUUUAUACACUCAUUUCUAAGGCCCCUAUCCCAUCAGAAUGAUCCAAACUUUCCAUAACCCUUGUGCUAUCCUAGGCACUUUAACAGGAACCUUUUUUCUUCAAUGAUUUGUGAUCUUCACUGGUGUCCAUGGAUUACAUGCAAUCUUUCCACCUUUAUCCACCUUUUUUAUGGUAGGGAGAACACGUCAAUGUAAGGGUGGGGUCAUAAGAUAGCACAAGGGUAAAAAACGCCACUGUAUGUACCUUGGUCCUUGGUUUUCCGUCCUGUAGUUCAUCAUUAGUCCACUGGGGGACAGUAGAAGGUAUUUUUUUGCUCAUUUCAUAAUGGCUGCCUCCGUAACACUUGUGGCGGGAACAUGUAGCUGCACUUUAUGGUGACAAUAACUCAACAAGGGUUAUUAAUUUUUUUUAAAUGACCACUUGCUGAGUUGAAAGAAUGCUUUCGUUUGUUGAUAAUUAGUUCUUGGAAUGUGUGGAUCAAAUUUGAGACAGCAGGUAAAUAAGGUGCUUUUUUCAUGAAGAAUCAUGUCAAUAUUUUUGCAUUAUUUUUACAUUUAACAAAUAUUUUUGUGAGGAAAAAAAGCCAAAUCAUUUAUCAUAAUUGACACUAUAACUCAUAAAAAUAGUUUUUUUUUUUUUGAAUAGCAUCAUAAUCCAAAAAAUUGACUUAAUGUCAAUUCUUUGAUGUGAUGAGCUUUACCAGGUUCAGCAUAAAUACAAUCAUUUAAAUGCAGACUAAACACCUACAUGAAAGCACUUUCCUGUCUUCUUAUAGACUCUCUGACUCCCAAGGUGCUCAGCAACAGUUUGAAGAGUUUAAAGGUUGACAUUUCAAUCAUUGUCAGCUAACAAGCUGCAGUUCAUGUUAAGGUUUUGGCGGUUUCUAUAGAACUUGACCAAAGUUCUACAGGUUCAUUACAGAACAAAGAUGAAUGACUAUUGCAUUGCAAAAAAAAAAAGUUUUUUUUAAAUAAAAAUUCCAAUGCAUGUGCAUCGUUAUAGGUAUCAAGUUUUAGCUGUUAAAAAUAUAUGUAAAUAAAUAAACAUAUCCAAUAAUAUAGCCUACGAUUGUAUUCUAAGUCAUGAUAUGGAGUGCUAUAAGUUGGUACAUCUACAUUGGGGGCAAUUUCCAGUCAUGUCAUGUCCCUAUUGCACCUUGAUUUUGUUUAUCACUUGUGCUAUCCUAGGCACUUUAACAUUGGGAGUGGGGUCAUUUAGACCCCACAAAACAGUGCACUGAACCUUUUUUCGUCAAUGAUUUGUGAUCUUCACUGGUGUCCAUGGAUUACAUAAAAUCCUCUUCACCUUUAUCCACCUUUGUCAUGGUAGAGAUGACACGUCAAUGUAAGGAUCGGGUCAUCUGGACCCCAUAGGAUAGCACAGGGGUUAUAUAUAUAUUUCAAUUUCCGUGGAUCCAGUCAUACAUGUUUUUGUUCAACAUCUAUUUUCAAUUUGACAUAAAUGUAUGUAUUAAUGUGUAGAACCUAGUGCCUUAUAUUCAACUAUUUCUAAACCCACUAAUGUUUGGGUAAAAAUCCUUCAGUGGUCUUUGUUUAUUUUACUUUUUUUUUGUUCAGAAGAAUAUCUCUAUUGCAAUAAAGGAUUAUGCUAAUUACUCUCUAGUGCCUUUAAGGGAGCCUCUAACUUGAAAGUCAAAUAAUCCCUUUUAUGAUCUGAAGUUUUUGUUUCUUUUGCUGUUAGUUUAGUCAAAGAAAGAUUAAAGUUCUGCCUUAAAAUCAA